AAUCGAUUAAUAUAGGAAUGGCAACACUUAUAGAAAAAUUUCAAGCUCUCUUACAAGAAGUAGACAAUGCUAGACUUGAUACUAACAAUUUGGAAGCAGCACUAUUGAAAUUGCUGACAUUCGAUUCAAAAUCUGAGGAGCAUUUGAAACACAAAGAAAGUGCAUAUAAUAAAUUGUCCUCGUUGUAUUGCAAACAGAACAAACCACAAUUAGUAUUUCAGAUUAUGAAAACCCAUGAUUUCUCUGGAUUCAAUCAAACAAGAGCUGCGAAAAUUAUGAGACAAAUGAUUGAUCAAGUUUCAUAAUUAGAAGGCACUGUUGAAUUAUAAGUUGAAAUGUGCCAAUUCUUAAUCGAUCAAUGUGCACGAGACAAGAAGAAUUACCUAAAACACAAGAUGCAAAUCAGAUUGGCAACAUUGUAUAAUGAAUAAGAGAAAUUCUCACAAGGAAUCGAAAUCAUAGAUAAGAUUGUAGUCGAAGUGAGAAAGGCUGACGAUAAGCAUUUGCUUCUGGAAAUCUAUCUUAUUGAAAGCAAAUUGCAUUUCGGAUAAACCAAUCUCGCUAAGGCCAAAGCCUCCUUAACAGCAGCCAGAGCCUGCUCAAACACAAUCUAUUGUCCCCCACACGUUUAAGCUGAAAUCGAUAUGAUGGCUGGUGUUCUCUAUGCAGAGGAAAGAGAUUAUAGAACCUCCUACUCCUAUUUCUAUGAGGCUUUUGAAGCAUUCAAUAAUUUAGAAGACAAGAGAGCUCUUGGUACCCUUAAAUACAUGUUGCUAUGUAAGAUUAUGAUUGGAGCCACUGAUGAGGUCAAAUAAAUUUUAACUGGAAAGCAUGGUUUGAAAUAUGCAGGCAGACACUUAGAAGCCAUGAAAGCCAUUUCCAAUAGCAAUUAAAAGAAAUCUCUUAUUGAAUUUACUAAGGUCUUAGAAGAAUAUAGGGAAGAAAUUGAAGGCGAUAAAGUCAUGAGAUUACACAUCAAGUAGUUAUAUGAAGUCUUAUUGGAAAUGAACCUGUUUCAAGUCAUUCAACCAUACUCUAAAGUUUAAAUCGAUUAUAUUACUUAAAGAAUGUAAAUUGAUGUCGAAAUUAUCUAAAGAAAAUUAUCUGAAUUGAUCUUGGAUAAGAAAAUCGAUGGAACCUUAGAUUAAGGAAAUGAUUGUUUGAUCUUGUUUGAUACAGUUAAGCACGAUAAUUUAUAUCAACAUUCCCUUAGUUUGAUUAAUAAUUUGAAUGGAGUGGUUGAUAAAUUAUUUGAUAGAGUGAAAGUCAAAUGAACAUUAAAUAUAUAUAUAUUAUAAUAAAUAAGUUAAAUUACAUUAUUUCAGCUAAAA